CUGUUCAAAAAGAGUAUGUUUUACAUUUUUUUUUAGUGCAGAAAUUAUUUUUUUAACAUUUUGAUUAAUAGUUUAUGAUGAUAAUGUAUUAUUAAUGUAUCAUAUUAGCCACACCCACAAAUAUUUAAUAUAACCAAAAAGCUUAUAAUGUUCAAUUCAAGUUCUUAUAAACGUAAAUAAAGCAGGUAAGCUCCUAGAUAUAGUAACAAAUGACAUUUCUUGCUAAUUGUGACCAUUCAUUAGCUGAAAAUCAUAUAGCUAUUGUUAAUACUGUGAAGUUAAUAAUAACUUAAUGAGACUGUUCAAAAAGAGUACGUUUUACAUUUAUUUUAGUGCAGAAAUUUGUUUUUUACAUUUUAAUGAAUAAUUUAUGAUAAUCAUGUAUUAUUAAUAUAUAAUAUUAGCCACACCCCCCAACUAUUUAAUAUAACGAAAACGCUAAUAAUGUUCGUUUUAAGUUCUUAUAAACGUAAAUAAACAGUGAAAGCUAAUAAUAACGUUUCUUGCCGAUUAUAAACAUUUAUUAGCGGACAAAAAAGAACUGCUGUUUCUCAUGAGGUUUAAAUGAACGCGGGGCUGUAGAGUGAAAUUCCUUUGGGUGUGAGAGUGAGCAGGGCUGAGCUGAACACGCUUUUGGGCUUUAGAUGUCGAAGCCUAUAUAUUGAACAUCCCCGUCCUUUAGAUAAAUCCAAUUACAUAUUUCACUGAUAAUAAUUAUUGCGUUAAACUCAGGAAAUAUAUAGCAGUGAUGGGAGGCAACAGCAGCUCACGCCACGUUUCUUUCGAGGAGCGGGUUACAUUCGUGAAGGGCAUUCGGCUUUCAGAACGAGUGAUUGAUCGCAUGAAGGAGUCUCCACCCGUGGUUUGCCCUCAAGCUACAACCAAACCAUGUACCCAGUCAAUGACAACACCUCCUGUAGCUCCUCCGGUUGAGCAGUUGGUUCCAGGUGAAUAUCAUAAACCCAUAAUCUCUUAUCCUCCCUCGUAUGCCAGUACUUUGGUUCCUCCUCCUGUUUCAGAGCCAGUGACACCUUUUGUGCCUUUAGUACCUGUGACUGAGAAAACAUCUGCACCACCUUCACCUGUAGAGUCACCUGAGGCUCUUCCAGUUUCUCCAGCUGCUCAACCAGCAUCUGGUAAGCCUGUGGACUUACCUGUCGAUCCCGAGACUUCACCUUCCCCAAUCUCCAUACCUGCUCCCAUUCAAUCUGUCUUGGAGGAGUCUGCGGUUUCACAAUCUGGGUCUGCUUCAUCUGUGGUUUUGCCUGAAGAAAUGCCUUCCAAGACACAAAUGGGUCCAAUUUCCACUGGAGAACCUAAGGUUCCUCAUCUUUCACAGGUUGAGGAACCUGUUGAAGCUUCAUUAAUUGACCAACUUAAAGCCUUUCCACCACAAACAUGUGUUGUGAAUGAGGAAAAGCUCAAAAAUCAGAUCAGAGAAGAUCUCCAGAAGAAUCUACUGAAUGAGGAGAUGAAGACGGCAGAGCGUAACAUUCAACAACAGCUGGAGGAAGAAAAAGCUAAGGCGAAGGUCCAGGCUCAAUCUGCAGCCCGACUUCAGAUUCAGGAUGAGGUCCAGAAGCUUCUGGAAGAGAAGGCAUUAGCAGAUGCCAUUAGAAGGGAGCAGCUGAACGUUCAGGAUGAGCGUCUCAUAGCUCAAUAUUAUUGGAUGGAGAAGAAGGCUCAGAAGCUGGAGGAGAUGCAGAAAGAUCUGAAAAAUCAGGACAAUGUAUUUCGGGAGCAGAUCGCCAAGAUGCAGAAAAAGAUGGUUCAGUUCACAAAAGUUACGUCUGAAAAUUACAAGAAGGGCUUUGAGGACACGCACAACCGCUUCAGGCGAUACCAAAUCAAACCAGUGUGUUCAGAUCUACAGAGUCAGAUAUUGAAGUGUUACGCUGAGAAUAAAGGUCAAACUAUGAGCUGUUCCAACAUCGCAUCACUGUACAUUCAGUGCGUGGACCGUGCCAGACAGGGUAAAAAGCUGAGCACCUGAGGUUAGCUUAUAUACCGAAAGUCAGAUCUACAGUCUCAUGGUGAACAUCACAGCAAACGCACACAUCUAAACCAAUCCUAAAACUACUAGUUUAACUGUUUAUAGCGUACUAUACAUUUUAUGCAUUUUCUGAAAUAUGAGCCAUGAUUUCUGAAAUAUGAGCCAUAAUGGUGAAUACCUUGUCAGGUUUCAGACUGUUUUAACUUUGAACUCCUAAGCUAAAUGUUAAAUGUUUUCAGGUGCUGUUGAGUGCUUUGUUAGUGUGGGAGGAUGUAGUGAUUUCUUUUGUUAUCCUUUUUGUUGUAGAAUAGUCGAUGACCAAAAAGUACAAAGCGAUGCACAAUCAUAGUAACAGUUUGUCAUUUCUUUGAAAUGCCUUGGGCUAAUUUUAUGAGUAUUUUGAAUGAAUGUAAAGUAAAAUGUGUAUUAAAGGAAUAGAUCCACCAAAAAUAAAUAUGUGCUAAAA